UUCAACAAUAUAUUGACCUAAUUCAAGGUGUUGAAGGCACAGCUUUAUUCACCAGAACUCAAGGAGCGGAAAAUCAAGUACCACAGAAUGACCAACCCUCAACGUUGCUAAUUUUAGGAUCAUCCUUCCCAUAA